GGGCGCAGGCGGCGAACCCGGGGUGCAGCUCCGCGCGGCCAAGGGCCCGCCUGCGCCCCAACAACCGCGCGUCACGGGCGUCCAGCCGCGACCGCCACCGCCGAGCCCUAGCUUGGGGCCCGCGCGCCCUGGGCUGCCUCUCUCCCUUCCCGCCCCCAGUUCUUCCGCCAAAACCUUUGACCAGGGUCUCCUUGCCAACAUUCCUAAAUCUUUUUUUGCCAGCUCUUUGCGCCAGACACCCCGGACCUCCCCCGGGCGCCAGCUCCUCGGCCCCAACGGGUCCAGAAACAAGCCGGAUUUUUUUUCUCUCUUCUUUCUGGAAAUUGGCGUUGGUGUGUGUUUCCCUACCUCCCUCUUCCCCCCUCCCACUCCCCCCUUUUUUUUGAGACAUGGCCCGGGCAGUGACUCCUGGAAGAGGAACAAGUGUGGGAAAAGAGAGAGGAAACCGGAGCUAAAUGACAGGAUGCAGGCGACUUGAGACACAAAAAGAGGAGCGUUUCUCUCGGAUCAAGGCAGUGCCUCGCCGCUUUCCUUUCUCCAAGACGGACUGAGGAUUUUACAGCUCUGGGCGGAGUGGAAACGCUCCGGAUUGUGGAGAUCGCCCCGGCGCUCUGUUUUCCCCGCACGUUCGGUUCUCCCGCGCCUGCCCGAGGACCCGGCGAAGGGAGGAUGGAGAGGGGGCUGCCGCUCCUGUGCGCCGCGCUCGCCCUGGCCCUCGGCGCGGCCGGCGCUCUUCGCAACGAUAAAUGUGGCGAUACUAUAAAAAUUGAAAGCCCCGGGUACCUUACAUCUCCUGGUUAUCCUCACUCUUAUCACUCAAGUGAAAAAUGUGAAUGGCUGAUUCAGGCUCCAGAACCAUACCAGAGAAUUAUGAUCAACUUCAACCCUCACUUCGAUCUGGAGGACAGAGACUGCAAGUAUGACUACGUGGAAGUCAUCGAUGGAGAAAAUGAAAAUGGACGUUUAUGGGGGAAGUUCUGUGGAAAGAUCGCCCCUUCUCCUGUCGUGUCUUCAGGGCCGUUUCUCUUUAUCAAGUUUGUCUCUGACUAUGAGACACACGGCGCAGGAUUUUCCAUACGUUACGAGAUUUUCAAGAGGGGUCCUGAAUGUUCCCAGAACUACACGACACCAAGUGGCGUGAUCAAGUCCCCCGGAUUCCCUGAAAAAUACCCCAACAGCCUAGAAUGCACUUAUAUUAUCUUUGCACCAAAGAUGUCGGAGAUUAUCCUGGAAUUCGAAAGCUUUGACCUGGAGCCAGACUCGAAUCCCCCAGGGGGGAUGUUCUGUCGCUAUGACAGGCUAGAAAUCUGGGAUGGAUUCCCCGAUGUUGGUCCCCAUAUUGGGCGCUACUGUGGGCAGAAGACACCAGGUCGAGUCCGCUCCUCAUCCGGCAUCCUGUCCAUGGUUUUCUACACGGACAGCGCCAUAGCCAAAGAAGGCUUCUCGGCAAACUACAGUGUCUUGCAAAGCAGUGUUUCAGAAGACUUCAAGUGUAUGGAAGCUCUGGGCAUGGAGUCAGGAGAGAUUCACUCUGAUCAGAUCACAGCCUCCUCCCAGUAUAGCACCAACUGGUCCGCAGAGCGCUCUCGUCUGCACUACCCCGAGAACGGGUGGACUCCUGGAGAGGAUUCCUACAGAGAGUGGAUCCAGGUAGACUUGGGCCUUCUGCGCUUUGUCACCGCUGUUGGGACACAGGGAGCCAUUUCCAAGGAAACCAAGAAGAAAUACUACGUCAAGACUUACAGAAUAGACAUUAGCUCCAAUGGGGAAGACUGGAUCACCAUAAAAGAAGGAAAUAAACCCGUUAUCUUUCAGGGAAACACCAACCCCACCGAUGUGGUGUUUGGAGUUCUCCCCAAACCACUGAUAACUCGCUUUGUCCGAAUCAAACCUGUGACCUGGGAAACUGGGAUAUCUAUGAGAUUUGAAGUCUACGGCUGCAAGAUAACAGAUUAUCCUUGCUCUGGAAUGUUGGGUAUGGUGUCCGGACUUAUUUCCGACUCCCAGAUCACAGCGUCCAACCAAGGGGACAGGAAUUGGAUGCCUGAAAAUAUCCGCCUGGUGACCAGCCGCUCUGGCUGGGCGCUGCCCCCCGCCCCUCACCCGUACGUGAAUGAGUGGCUCCAGGUGGACCUGGGCGAGGAGAAGAUCGUGCGGGGUAUCAUCAUUCAGGGGGGCAAGCACCGGGAGAACAAGGUGUACAUGAGGAAGUUCAAGAUCGGCUACAGCAACAACGGCUCCGACUGGAAGAUGAUCAUGGACGACGGCAAGCGCAAGGCCAAGUCUUUCGAAGGCAACAACAACUACGACACACCUGAGCUGCGGACGUUUCCACCCCUUUCCACGCGAUUCAUCAGGAUCUACCCGGAGAGAGCCACCCACGGCGGCCUGGGGCUAAGAAUGGAGCUGCUGGGCUGUGAGGUGGAAGCACCUACAGCUGGACCGACCACUCCCAAUGGGAACCUGGUGGAUGAAUGUGAUGACGACCAGGCCAGCUGCCACAGCGGAACAGGUGAUGACUUCCAGCUCACAGGAGGGACCACCGUGCUGACCACAGAGAAGCCAACCAUCAUAGACAGCACUAUACAAUCAGAGUUUCCAACGUAUGGUUUUAACUGUGAGUUUGGCUGGGGUUCUCACAAGACCUUCUGUCACUGGGAGCAUGACAGUCACGUGCAGCUCAAAUGGAGCGUGUUGACCAGCAAGACGGGGCCAAUUCAGGAUCACACAGCAGGAGAUGGCAACUUCAUCUACUCCCAAGCCGAUGAGAACCAGAAGGGCAAAGUGGCCCGCCUGGUGAGCCCUGUGGUUUACUCCCAGAACUCCGCCCACUGCAUGACUUUCUGGUACCACAUGUCUGGUUCCCACGUGGGCACGCUGCGGGUCAAGCUGCGCUACCAGAAGCCCGAGGAGUAUGACCAGCUGGUCUGGAUGGCCAUCGGACACCAAGGGGACCACUGGAAAGAGGGGCGGGUCCUGCUCCACAAGUCUCUGAAACUUUACCAGGUGAUUUUUGAGGGGGAGAUCGGAAAAGGCAGCCUUGGCGGGAUUGCCGUGGACGACAUCAGCAUCAGUAACCACAUUCCUCAGGAGGACUGCGCCAAACCGGGAGACCUGGAUAAAAAGAACCCAGAAAGUAAAAUGGAUGAAACAGGGAGCACCCCGGGAUAUGAGGGCAGGGGAGAGGGCGAUGAGAACAUCUCCAGGAAGCCGGGCAGCGUGCUGAAGACCCUGGACCCCAUCCUCAUCACCAUCAUCGCCAUGAGCGCCCUGGGGGUCCUCCUGGGGGCUGUCUGCGGGGUGGUGCUGUACUGUGCCUGUUGGCACAACGGGAUGUCCGAAAGAAACUUAUCUGCCCUGGAGAACUAUAACUUCGAGCUGGUGGAUGGUGUGAAGUUGAAAAAAGACAAACUGAAUCCACAGAGUACUUACUCGGAGGCCUGAAGGCAGCGGAGGUGGCAGGCGAGUGGGAGAGCGGAGCGGAGGACAGAGCUUGAGCGGCUGGGAAACGGCUGGUCUUUCACUGUUCAGGCUGGGAAGCGCGUUGAUGACGCCAAGCCAGGUUUUCUCAGGAGCUUCGAUGAGUUUGGCCGACAGACUUGAACGACUUAGCCGUGUUAACAAUCGGAGUCAUGUACAGUCAGCUUCUUUCUGUUGGUUUCAUUUGAAUAAUCAGACGCUGGUGUGGAGACCAAGGAUGAUCGACCUAAUUCCGUCUGACUCCCCUUCCCCUUCUCUCUCUGCUUCUUCUUCUGGAUUCUUUUCGGAAACUGUGCAAAAUCCAAGAUGCUGGCGCCAAGUGUAUUCCGUGGGGCCCCUUCAACGGACAUGCUACCUGCAGCCCAGUGCCCAGAAUAUCUUCGAAUAACUGCAUUUCCAUGGACUCCUGAAGCCAGCCUCGUGUAUAAUUGCCCGCGUCGUGCAUAGGCAAGGAAGGACUAGGAUGUUUUCUUUUCAAGUACCGUAGCCUCAGUACCAGUCUAGUGUGACAGCUCUGUUUACGAAGCAAUACCGUCCGAUUUCCUCGAUGUUUUCCAGUGUUGUACUAAACCUCGUGCUGUGAACUCCAUACAGAAAACUGUGCCAUCACCGAACACUGCUGGCAACUGGGUGUGCAGCCGACAACCGCAACGAAAAAUCCUUGGCACUGGCUAGUCUACGUCCUCUCAAGUGCCUUUUUGUUUGUACUGGUUCUUAUUGUGUUACAUUAACCCGCCCCGCUUUCUUGCCGGUGAAAGCCCCCCUUCUCUAAUCAACCCUGGUGGCCCACUGACUAAGAAGAAAGUAUAUUUUAGUGUGAGAUGUCAGCCUCCGGGAAGGCAAGGGCUCCGAAGAUUUGGCAACGUGGCUUACUUGUUCCGCUUUUUUCUGUAGUUCAAUUUCAUGUCUCUUGACCCUUUUGUAUAAAGCUGCAAUAUCCUCUCUUACUGUUCUUUCACAUGGAAUGUAUUUUCAAAUGUAAACUCUCUCUCUCCUAGCUCUCCGUCUUUUUUCUCUCUUAGGAUUUAAGCAUUUGCCAUUGUCCAGAAAAGAAACUUGCAGCUUUAACGUGCUGGUAAUGGCAAACAAUUUUACUAGACUUUAUGUUGGAAAAUAAAGAAAUAAGGGAAAUUCC